AUGCUUAAGCCCAGGCAAUACGUGAAGCUCGCGAAGUCGCUGCCGCCGCAGCUUCAAAGGUUUUUUGCCCGUUAUCCUCCACAGGCCAUUCUUCCACAGGUUAAUGCUGUCAAUACGACUUCCGAUGCGGCGGCGUCAGAAGCUGUCAAGGAGACUGGAUUGAGCGCGGGGGAAGAUUUGGAUACAGCUAUACGCCCAGCAGUGACAGAAGCGACAUCGCCAUUUAAGCCCCAUAAGCAUCCAGUCACUGGAAAAUGGCAUGACCCAGUAUUUUCCUUGAGACGACAGGCAGAUUUGUGCAAGCUUGCACGACAACAUGGAGUGGAGGAACUUUUGCCGCUCUCUGUAAAGAGCACAGAAGAGAAAUUACGCAAGAGAAUGGAGAAUGGACUGAGGGUAAAGGGUACAGGUGUUGGACAGAGAGUCAAGGGAAAGGAAUCAGAGAGAACAUUAAAGGCGAGAUUGGAGAAGAGAAGAAAGGCUAUGUUAGAGAUGCCACAGAUGAUCCAGACAUGGAAAGAGAGAGGUCAUGGUCGUGGAUGGAAGAAAUGGCCAAAAUAG